AUGGUGAACGUCACAGCAAGCAUGGACCCGUCAUUGUUCUUACAACUUGACUUUACCGACAAGUCAAACCUGCAAGGGCUCUUGAUAGGGGGAUUCACGGCGCUGCUAUUGAUGGUUAUUAUUGUCAUCUUGUUGAGGAUCUAUGUUCGUGCCUGGAUGGCCAGAGAUGUCAAGGCAGACGACUAUCUUAUAUUUGCCGCUGCAGCUUUCAAUGUGUCAAUAUUUGCCGUGUCAAUGCAAGCCGUUCAUUAUGGGUUUGGAAAACACAUAUGGAAGGUCGCUACGACGCCCACGGAUAUAUUCGAAAUUUAUGCCAAAAUCUACCGCUUGACGAUACCCUUUGCCGUGAUCUUCAAGUUGAGCUUCAUCCUGACAAAGCUCUCCAUCGUGGUGUCUCUACUCAGCGUGUUUGGAACCAACCGGCUGCUUCGAAACGUCAUGAUAACCACGGCCGUGGUGUCGACCGCCGCCACCUUUUCCGUCAUGAUGAUCUACGUCUUUCAGUGCUCGCCCAUCCCGGCCGGCUGGGAUUUGAACCUGGUAUUUGACGCGAGGUGCUUCAGCGUCGUCACGCUGUCGCAGGCUGGCAGCUGGGUCAUCAUCGUCACCGAUCUCAUCUUUUGCGUCUUUCCCAUGCCGUACCUGUGGCGUUUGAACAUGCCCCUCAAGAAGCGUAUUGCCCUGUGUGGUAUUUUUGCCAUUGGUCUCGUUGCUUGCGCCGCCACCGUGAUGCGCUUCCUCGCCUCGACGAACAAAAUGCUCAUCGAUACGACAUACGAGGGAGCCAAAGCCCUAGGUUGGAGCUACAUCGAAUCCAGCCUCGGCAUAAUAUGCGCGUCGGUCCCGAGCCUAGCGCCGCUGCUCAGCUGGGCCGAGAGCAGACGCCGCCGCAUCAGCGACCCGGAGCGCCGGGCCGCCGCCGCCAACAAGCCCAGGACGAGGAUGGAGCCGUCCGACCAGAAGCAUCGCCGCCACGCGUCCGGGGACGGGCUGGACGACGUCACGUACACGGGUGAUACGUUUGUCGACCCGAGGGAUGAUGGCAAAGACGAGGACUACGAGGGCAGCAGCGACUCAGCUGUUGGAGAAGAGGACAAGGUCCACACGAUGGAGAAGAUUGCUCCGGUGGAUUCGGUGGGAGUGGAAUCUGUGGAGGAGGAGGAGGAGGAGGAGGAGGAUUCGGACAAGAGGAGGAGUAGGAUCGCGGUGCAGGAUGGAGGUCUGUCGCCGCCACCGCAGGGCGGGGCUUGA